AUGUUCGAGACUUCCGAGCCCUCGUUGCCCAAAGAAUCACGCUUAAUAACAGAAAAACCUGAUGAACGAUCAUCAUCAAAGGAAAACGAAGAGUUAGCAUCGUUUACAGGAAAAAAACGUUCACGUUCAAAGUGGAGUACAGAAGCAGCAAUUACGGAACUUUUGGAUUCUAAUGUGAUCUUUGGAAAACGUGAAAGAAAGCCGCCAGCACUAUACAAGUCAUGA